AUGCGUUUCUCAGCUGCCUUUAUCUCAUCCCUUGUCUUGUCUAGCACUGCGGUAGCUGGGUCUGUUAAUCAGACAACUGCUGUCGGAGCAGCUCCUUCAUCUCAGGCUGACUCCGAGACGCAGUCAGUCACGCCGCAGAAUGUCAAUGCGGAUGCCGUAUCCGAUGUUCCUCCCGUCGAUACUGCCAAGGCCACCUCGAGUUCACUGGACUCCAUAGAGGCAACUCAGCCUCCUGCUGCCACAUCUGAUCCCAGUGGAAGCAAAGAUAGUGUCGCCAACAAUGAGCCCACGGAUAUUCCAAGCGGAGAGCCAUCACAACAUACAACUCAGCCCGUUGCUCAGGAUCCUGCCACUACCAACUCUGUUGCAGCUAGCAACGAUCCUCAUACCAAGGUGCCAGGUUCAAAGCCAUCCGGUACUCCUUCCACAGAGACUGCUACUGUGACUCGCACUGGUACUGCUGCCGCAAACACUAGUACAUAUAACGGUGACGAAGAUGAUGGCACUCUUUUCAGUUCUUGGAAUGACUUCGGUGAUUUCUUAGAUGGAUUGAACGGUCUUCUGUCGCCCACAUUAUUGGAAGAUAUCGAAUCGUUCUUCCAUCACGUUUCUUGGUUGCUUGAUGAUCAGACAACGACCAACACGAAGACUUUGAUCAACACGGCUUCCGGUCUCCUCACUAAGAGUCUUAUCAACAAGUUGGAGGGUCUUUUGGACAAUGCUAGCGACCUGCUAUCACCUGAACAAUUGCUUCCUGAGCUCUCGCCUCAACUUCUUAAGGACGCAACCAGUUUGCUUGACAAUGCAAACAAGCUUCUUACUCCUGAAACCACUUCUGAGCUCCAGAAUCUGAUUUCAACUGUGGCUCCAAUCAGUAAACCCGAGUUCCUACAAGAAGUUCAUAGCCUGCUUACCAACGGCAACAAGCUUCUUACACCUCAAUUCAUCGACGAGACUCGCAGCCUGAUCGGUACUGUGGCGCCAGUCAUCACUCCAGACUUAUUGAAGGAGGUAAACUCUUUGCUCUCUAAUGGAAACAAACUGCUUUCGCCUGAUUUCAUUGAUGAGACGAAGCAAUUGAUUGGCGCUGUGGCACCUAUCAUCACCCCUGCCUUGUUGAAGGAAGUGAACUCCCUCCUCUCGAACGGUAACAAGCUCCUCUCGAACGGUAACAAGCUCCUCUCGCCCGAUUUCAUCGACGAGACGAAGCAGCUCAUUGGAACUGUCGCACCCGUCAUCACUCCUGAGCUCCUUAAAGAAGUCAACAGCCUGCUUACCAAUGGGAAUAAGCUUCUGACUCCUGAUUUCAUCAACGAGACUCGUGGUUUGAUCGGUACUGUGGCCCCAGUUAUCACACCAGAACUAUUGAAGGAAGUGAAUUCUUUGUUGUCCAACGGUAACAGCCUGUUGUCGCCAAACUUUGUCAACGAGACCAAGGGAUUGAUUGGUACAGUGGCACCAUAUAUUACUCCCGAGCUCCUCAAGGAGGUCAACACCUUACUCUCCAAUGCAAAUAGUCUCUUGAAUGAGAAGACUACUAGAGAGAUGACCAAUCUUUUUGAUAUGAUUGGUCCGGCAUUAACGCCAGAGCUCUUGCAGAAUGUGUCUUGGUUUUUGGGUAACGGUACCACUCUGCUGAGCCCGGGUUUCGUCAACAAAACAAUGGGAUUGAUCGAUGGAAUUGCGCCCGUUAUCACGCCAGAGCUUCUGAGCCAAGUCGGCGGAUUAUUGAAUAAUGCAGAUGAUCUUCUGACCAAGAAGUUUGUCAAUGAGACACAAAUUCUGAUCGAGGAUGCCUCGGAUAUACUUCCGUUGGUGACGAAUCUGCUGAGAGCGCUCUGA